AUUAAUUCACACACGUUUUCUCCUCUCUUCUACCCUCACCUCAACGUAGUAAAGUCCAUUAUCUCAUGAGCUCAAGCGAAGCCAAGCGCUCCAAUAUACCUUUCAUAAGAGCUCAGUAAAUAGUGAGAACCUCGUUGUUUUUGCUGGUUAUACAGAUUACUCAGCAAAUAGCAGAUAAUUUGUUAGCAGAGGUCUCUUUACAACAGCUAAUUUGUUUGUUUACGUAACUCUAUGCGAUGUGUUUCUGUUUCCAGCAAAGUAAUGUUUAGCAUGGUGAAACUGAAAGGUAAACUUAGCCUGUGUUUGAACCAUUUCUUCCUGCCAAUGAGCAGAUAUGUUCUGUGAUAUUUGUUGUAAACUGGUUUUUCGUGCUGCAGGGAACAACUCGCAUGAAUUAACUGACGAAUGAACCAAGUGUGGAAUUGAAGAAAAAAAAUGGUACUGUAAAAUUUAAAUCUUUGUAACUUAAAAUCUACCUCUUCAAUGAGAUUAAACUGAUACAUUAUCCACUUUCCAUUUGACUAAGCUCUUUGGAAAUUGGCAACUUUUUGCUAUGUAGCUAACGCAGCUUUACAUGUUUGUCGAUCUGAAUGUGAAUUAAAAUAUCUAUUUCUGUUUGGAAGAUUAACAGAUACUCUUCGGAUAUAUUUCGUAGCGAUGACUGACGCAAGCACAGUAUCGAUAAAGACUAGUGCUCUCACUGAAAGAAGAAGUCGGUCUGUUUCUAUUUCUUCUAGUUAUCUGAACACCAGUACAACGCCGCAGGUACAGACAAAAAAAAGAUCAUCUCCUCUGUCCUUCCAAAUGAACGUUAUUCCAGGUCCAAGUGAGACAACUCUACGCAGAUCUCCUUCGCCACUCCCAUACCUCCGAAACUAUGUUCAGCUCAUCAAUCAAGGGGUUGACCAGGAAAAGAAUAAUUUCAUCACUUGCAGACAAAGGUCACCAGAUGCCAUCGGUCGACGUUCAGAAUCUGCUGCAAAGAACGAACCACAUAGUCCAAAAGUUAGGCUUCAAACUAACAAGUUCACACCUCGGCAUAGCCGAUCGUAUUCCUUCAGAACCAUGCGACGUCCGACUUCACAACAACUGGCAGAAGAGGAACAGUUCCGACCGCGAGGAGCCACAAUGCCCUCAGAUAGACGGAGCUAUCUCCGGGAGAAAAGACGGCAGCGCUUACACGAACGGAGUGCUAGCCCUAACUUGUCACCAAUGGAACACGUGGGAGACGUGAAUCAAGAUUUCUACAGGUUUCGUAAUUUCAGCACCACAUCAAAGGGUGGUGUCAUCAACCGAGGGGACCAGGUUCGCUUACGGUCCCGUAGCAGUAAUAGCAUGGCCUCCAAUCACACCUACCCAUCUUGUACUUCCACAGCCACAUCCUGUUCGUCAGGACCGGGAGCUCGCUAUACCCAACUUAAGGUCUUGGUGCUGGGAGCCAUUGGUGUAGGGAAGAGUUCUAUUGUCACACAAUUCAUGUCGUCAGAAUACAUGAAUACGUAUGAUACAUCACAGGCAGAUGAGGAACUUGAGAAAACUGUCUUCCUGCUUCUGGAUGGAGAGGAGUACGAGUUGUCUUUAUUUAAUCAACACGCUCUUGCCACACUUACGGUAAAGUACUGGUUGAAUAAUUUUGAUGUAGUGGUCUGGAGACACUGGCAUUAUAUUUUUUGCAAGUUUUUCUGUCUUUUUCUGGUUACUGGUUUUACAAAGAGGAUUUAUUUUCUAAUUCUUGUUUCUAUCGACCUUUUACAUAUAAUGGUCAAUCAGUAGUUGUCCUCUCCUCCUUUUAGUGCCUCACUAGUUUCCAGAGAAAAAAAUACCACUGUGUUACUAGAGAUUUUUAUUAAGUUGUGAAUUUGUUUAUAGUUACUCAAGCCAGAGUUGGAGCUAAAUGUAGAUUCCAUUGGAUGGCAAAUGGUUUGUUUCUUUUUUGAAUUUCGCACAAAGCUAC